AUGGAGGUGGUGGCGAAUGUGGUGAUAGUAGGAGCAGGAAUAGCAGGGUUGGCAACGGCGGUGGCAUUGAAGAGUGGGAUUGAAGCAUUAGUUUUAGAGAGAUCGGAAGGGCUGAGAACCACCGGUGCAGCCUUAACCCUUUUCCCAAAUGCUUGGCUUGCACUUGAUGCUCUUGGUAUUGCUCAAAAGCUCAGUUCCAUCUAUAAUCCCUUCAACAAAGCAUGCAUAACCAAUGUUGCCAAUGGAGCUUUUCAAGAAGUCCCUAUGGUUGGAGCUGACAGGGGAGAAGCAGGAACUAGAGCUGUACAUCGAAAAGCCUUACUAGAAGCCCUUGCAGAGGAACUAUCAACUGAUACAAUUCGUUUCAAUUCAAAGCUAACUUCCAUUGAAGCCCAAAACCAAGAAGACCCUUCCAUUGUUGUGGUUCGCUUGCAAGAUGGAACUGAAAUCAAAACCAAGGUGUUGAUAGGUUGUGACGGGGUGAACUCGGUGGUGGCUCGUUGGUUAGGACUUGGGGCGGCAGUGGAUUCGGGUCGGUCAGCAGUUCGUGGGUUAGCAGUGUACCCGCAAGGCCAUGGGUUUAAGCAUGACAUGCAGCAGUUUAUAGAUGUGGGCAAAAGGGGUGCUUUUCUUCCUCUCAAUGAUAAAGAACUUUACUGGUUCUUCAUUUCCAAAUCCACUAACAAAG